AUGGGAUUCUUUUCCAAGUUUGCGAAGAAGGAACAACAGCCGUCGUCUUCAGACAAAGCGCCCGCGGGGACGACGAGUGGCGAUGACGAUGAGAAAAAAGAAAGAAAAGCAGAAAAACUCGCCUCGAAGCAACCGGGGAAACAAGCCGCCGCGUCACGGGAAGAGAUCGAUUACGUGCAAAGCACGUGGCAACAAAUUUUCCCAAUGUCCGGUCCGAAUAAACUGUCCUCUGAAGAUUUGGACGCGAAGAAAACUGCGGUCGGCGUUUUACUCUUCAGAGAGAUUUUCUCGUUGGCGCCGGGAGCGUUGGCAUUGUUUUCGUUUAAAGACGUGGAGGAUGUGUACGAAUCGCCGAUGUUGAAAGCUCACGGGAAAGCAGUGGUUGGCGCCGUCGAUGCCGCCGUACACUUACUGGACGACGUAUCGAAGUUAGUCCCGAUUUUGGAAGAACUUGGCCAAUUUCACAACAAAAAGAAUAUCGUCGGGGCGCACUACGACGUUGUCGGGCAAGCCGUAGUUAAUGUUAUCGGGUCUGCGUUGAACGGUUUGUCCGAGGCGCAAACGAACGCGUGGGUGAAGGUGUACUCGACGAUUAAAUCAGUAAUGUUAGCCGCCGGUAAGUAA